UUUACUUUUCACUCGUUUGGGCCUCUUAUUACUAGCAAUUGAAUUGAAAGAUGAUGAAAAAAAAGAAUGUAACAUUGCAAUUAAUCCAGCACCAACGACAACAAUUCAACCACAAACACAAGGAUUCUUCAUAGCUCAAUCAGCUGAUGAAGUAAAACG